UGUUUGAUCCUGACUUCUCUGAUCCUCCCUUCUUCCAGUGCCCCCCUUGUAUCUCCUGAGACAUAUUGUGUGGAGACACUCUGCACAUGCUCAGUUUGGUGCUUAUUGCUAGAGAGUGCUUGUGAUCAGCACAGAGCCAACCAGCACUGUCCACACAGAGGCCAGGGGUUCUGCAUCCUCCUAGAGCAGAAAGAAAACUCCUACAACAAGCUUUAACAUGUGCUCUGCUGGACACUGAUAGAAGUCACAAGACUGCUUUAAAUGCUGAUUAGAAAAGGUAUUUAUCAGUUUAUAUUUACUAA